AUGGCUUCAGGCUGGCGGCAGAAACCGCGCCUCGAUCCGUGGGACCCGCCGUCGCCCCCGCCGCUGCUGGAGGAGGCCGCGCCCAAGCCCAAGCCCAAAACCAGCAGGUUCUCGCGCCGCAGCACCCGCGCCAAGAGCCACGCGCGCCAGCAGGCGCAGCACGUGGAGCUGGAGCGCGAGAAGGCCUUCCGCCUGGUGCGCCACGGCUCCGACCCGCUGCUGAACGACGCGUUCUACGCCACGCAGGUGCAGGUGGGCAACUUCGUCAAGAUGGGGUGGCUCACCAAGCAGGGCCACAUGUGGAAGAGCUGGAAGACGCGCUUUUUCGUGCUCUUCUCGGACGGCACCUUCGCCUACUACAAGAACAAGGGCCGCAAGAAGAUCAAGGGCUGCAUGCAGCUCAACGAUGGCGUCGUGUCCGUGCAGCACGUGGACAUCCGCCUGGCCGACAAGGCCUACGUGUUCCAGAUCGAGAAGGGCUUCUACAAGCUGCUGUGCUACUGCUGCAGCCAGUUCGAGGCGGAGCUGUGGGUCGCUGCACUGAGGUCGGUGCGCAGAGUGGCACCGCCGUGCUAUGAGAUGGACCUGACGGCCACUGAGGAGAAGGCCGGGUCCAAUGCGGUCACCAGGCACUUGAACAAGAUCUUCAUCACGGACAAGCAGAUCGCCAAGAGGCUGGCGGAGUUCAAGGCCAACACACAUGACCACUCGUACGCGGCCAUUCACAAUUUCAUAGUGGAGCUGGACGACGCGAUCAUUGAUCGUCACCAUUUGGAGUUUUAUCAGGACGCGGAGAUCGAGCUCUUGCCGGGCAACGAGCUGGUGCGGCUGAUUCGGCGGCAUGUGGAAGACCGCGUGUUCAUUCCGCUGUAUGCAGAGGCGUAUGCGAGCUUGGAAACGGACAAGGUGAAAACGAGGCGCAGCAACCUCGAGCAGCAUCUCAAGGUACUGAAGCAGAAAACGCAGGCCGAUUUCGGCAUCUCGAAGGACCUUUCAGUUUGCAAUUGGAAGCAGGCUAUCAGCGUUGUUAACAUGCUGGAUUGCGUGUCACUACCUACGCACAAGUUUGAAGUCAUCCUAUCAGCUGGAAAAGCGAUCAUGGAGCUGAUCGCUCAAUACAAUGGCGAACUUUUCGAAGUGUCAGACGAGAUGUUAACGGCGAUCUUCCGGUACGUGGUAACGAUGUCUUCGCUGAGCGAUCUACCAACUCUUCGAGCGCUGCUGAAGUACGGCUAUCAGCAUCAUCCAGCAUCGCAAAACAAAGCGAAUGUGGUUACGGCCUUUCUCAACGCCAUCAAGUGGGUGGAGUGUUUCGAGGCCGGCGACGAGAGUUACCAGUUCGAUUCGUUGGCGCUGGCUGGAUCUCGAGUUUCUGUAUCCAUCUCAACCAAUGAUGUCGGCAUUCAAUUCACUACGGAUGGUAACGGGCGAGGAGCAAUCGUGUACAAUAUCCGAAAGCAGUCUCAGGCAGCGCUGAGCGCUGCGAUUGUGCCUGGUCUGUCAUUGAUCGCGAUCAACCACGAGCCCGUCAUUGGUAUGCCUUUCGACAAGAUUAUUCAACGAGUGCGCACCGCAGCGCUCCCAAAGCAACUCACUUUCAUGACGGAGUUUUAUUACUACCAACUACUCUCGCUAGACUCGGAGAUGUAUCAGUACCUGAUGUGUAUUGCAGCUCGACGUGGUGACUUGGACUCUGCUGCCUGGAUGCGAUCCUCAACGAUUGAACUCAAUACGCUAUGCUCGUGGGAGAAGUCUCGUGGAAAACAGGUUUUUGGGUUCACACCUGUGUCUGGAAAAGGAUCGCCACUUCAUGCAGCAGUACAUAACGGACAGCUUAGCAUGGUGAACUACCUUAUUUCAAGAGGAGCAGACGUUAAUCUGUGCAACCAGAAGGGACGGCGCCCACUGCACGUUGUGAAGCAGUCAAUCGACAUGGCCAUGAUUAUUCAAAGCUUGAUCGAUGCCGGGGCUGAUAUCGACGCGAUGGAGAAACACGGGCUUACCCCGUUAAUGUUCAUGUGCUCCAGAGCAUCUCUCGAAGGAUCAGCAACACUCCUAGCACUCGGUGCAGAUGUUCACUGUGUUGCGUGGACAAACGGAUUUUCAGCACUGGAGUUUGCGGUGAAAAGUGAGCAUACCGAAUUGGUCGAGCUGUGUCUCUCCAAGGGGGCGAAUCCGAAUGCCCCAACGUUGGAUGGGAACACCAGUCUACAUUUGGCCGCCACUCAGGCCAACACUGAUAUCAUUCUUCGACUUUUGCAAGGUGGAGCAAACCCCAACGUUCAAAAUCGGUACGGACAAACGCCGGCAGCACUAUUGCUUGCGUCUUCACCCGGCGGAAGUAGCGACGUACGCAUCCUAUGCCUCGAAAUUUUGACGUGUGCUGGCUGCCGCCUUGACAAAAGAGAUCUAUUUGGCCGCCAGGCUUCUCAUCUCGCCAGUAUUUCAAGAGACUCUCACGUUGUCGAUCUACUUCGCAAGUUGGGCUCGCUGAAUCGGGAAGCCAAUGGUGUUGAAAUUGACAUCUUCGGUUGUUCUUCAGUCGACUAUAGUCACCGUAUUGAGGUGGACAAGUCUGCAAGCUAUCUGGGGUCUCAAAUGCCCAACAGUUCGUGGAAAAUGGUGGACAAGGACGACCAUGUGUCUCGAUCUGCACGCCCGGGCUCGGUUGAUGAUCUGAUCCGCGAGUUAGUGGCAGGGACGGAAGUGGACUUGGUGGAUGUGGUGUCUUUCGUGCUAUUUCUCGAUAGCUUUUCGAGCUUGAACGAAGUAGUGGAUCGCCUGAGCGCACACGUCCGAAACGGUGUUAAAAGCCACGGACUUAUCCGUCUCUUUAUUGUGGUUCUGCUCUUCAGGCAAUCGGAAACCAAGGAAGCUGACGAUCUGCGUGAUCGUUUCUACAGCCUCAUUAGUCUUAACAUUGACGCGAAGGACAAACUGGAGUAUUUCUCCUUGCGAGGAGCUGGAAAUUACGCGGUGAACUACCAAGCGAUUCCAGGAAUGAUGAGCAAGGUUUACGGAAUGGAGUCAGGCUUCGAGCCCGUAUCCUCUGGACCCUUUUCGGCUCAUUUGCAUCGGUUCGUCGACGCAGAACGGUGGGCGGAGCAGUGCACCCUCUUAACGCACGCAGUGUUCUGCAAGAUUCCGGUCCGAGACUUCAUUCCAACUGGAUCGAAGAAAAAGCACUCGGUUGAGUUUACGAGCAUUAAACGCUGGUUCCAGCACAUCUCUGCAUUUGUGAUCAAUGCUGUGCUGGUUCAGAAUACCCCGGAAGAACGUGCCGAAGUGAUUUCGUUUUAUCUCAAGCUAAGUCUGGACGCGAAGAAAAUGAUGAACGAGAUGCAGCUACUUUCAGACAAGGGUUGCCGAGAGAUGAAUAGACUGAUGCGCAAAACCGCUAAUCCGAGCAUGCCAUACAUCGGACUGUACCUCCAGGGCUUUGUCGGACUCAACGAGUUGCCUGCUUUUGACAAAGAGGGCCUGGUGAACGCGAAUCGUCUACGAAGGAUGGGCGAGCUGGCCAUGGAAAUCCUGCACCGCCAGUCUGUUGCCUACACGCUUCAGCACGACGAAGAUGUUAACAAACUGCUGCACGUUUCCCUGCCGUACUCUUCUGAAGAGAGUCGGUAUGCUCGGUCAUUGGAGUUAGAGCCGCGUGAAGCUGACGCGAUCCCAUUGAGCGAUCGUGGUUCGUAUACUUUGAUCGAUGACGAUGUUGACCUCGAAAAUGAAGUUCGUGAGUCAAUCGGCGGUGACGGGACUUUCGGCUUCCGUCAGUGGAUCCGGAAGCAGCAGGUAGUGCAUCGAAACCGUUCGCGGUCGUCGGUGAUAGCUCUGUACGAGUGGGUGUAG